AUAUGAUGUCUAUGUAUAAUUUUUUCAUGUAGUUAAAGAUAAAAAAAAGUAUACUAUCAACUCAACCCUGUGUGCACCCGCGUUAGAUGGAUUUUGUAUUACCGAUACCGAAUGUACUGUAUUAAAUUCUGAAUGCAUUGAUAAUGAAUGUAAAUGCAAGUCUGGCUAUAUAUCUAGAUCUGUCACAGAAUGCUAUAAACCUUACUUAAGUAUGCCAUGCGAAAGUCACGAUCAAUGCAGUCAAACAAUAAAAAAUUCAGAAUGUUCUACAUCGAAAAAUUGCAUUUGUACUGUAAGUUAUUAUCUGAAAGAUGGUGCAUGUUUACCAGGUUUAAAUCAACAAUGUGAGAAUGGUGAACCAUGUGAGAUUGAAAAUUCUCAUUGUAUGAAUAAUACAUGUCAAUGUCUACCUGGAUAUUUUUACAAUCAUAUCGAAUGCAUGCCAAUGUUUCUAAAUAGAGCCUGUAAAACUGACUAUGACUGUCUUGUGGCCGAGAAUUCAAAAUGCUCUCGAGAUAAAAAAUGUGAAUGUAAAGAAAAUUAUAGACCGAGAGAAGGAAUAUUUUGUGAGCUGGUUCUUGGAAAAUUUUGUUAUACAAAUCAAGAUUGUGCGGUUAUUAAUUCUGAGUGCAUUAAUAAUGAAUGUAAAUGCAUGUCUAAAUCUUUAUCGUCAGCCGCUGAUUUAUGUUUACCGAGUAUAAUUGGACAAUCAUGUCUUCAUGAAAGUGAUUGUCAACUCCUAACCAACGUACAUUGUUCAAUAAAAAAUAAAUGUACAUGUAAACCAGGUUAUGUACAAUUUAAUUCUACUUCAUGUAAAUCAUUAUUAGAUGUUUUCUGUUCGGAAAGUGAUCAAUGUAUGCCGAUUAAUUCACUUUGUGUCGAUAAUAGGUGUCAAUGUAAGCCUGGAUAUAUAGGGCAAUAUAGAGAAAGAUGCAUAUCUGGUAAUGAUUGGGAAAUGCUAUAUUGCAUAGUUAGGUUACUAAGAUAG